AUGGAGCAAGUGAAGAGGAAUAAGAAGCCGAGCUCCCACAACCCACAUCUAGUUCGUAUAAUCAAUGCAAUUCAUGGUCGGCCGGAACCUAGCAAGGAAUCCGUUGGUUGUCAGUUUGACAGUGGCAGAAUACCUGUACGAAGAGUUCUAAUCGAUCCUGGAAGUAGUGCGAAUGUCAUGCCGAGGGACACAUUUUAUCGGUUUGAGAUCAAGCCAGAAAAGGUCAAGCCCACUGGAAACCCCUUAUUAGGAUUUGAUGGCAAGAGGGUAGAACCCAUCGGUAUGGUGGAAGUGGAAGUACAAGCUGCGGAAAGAGUUCUGAUGAAAAAUUUUGUUGUUAUUGAGAUCCACCCCUCUUACAACCUCCUGAUGAGAAAAGGGUGGAUUCACAGGGUACAAGGUGUUCCCUCCACUCUGCAUCAGGUCAUGCAAUGUCUAGGGCCAGACGGAACUAAAGUGAUUGAUAUUCAUGGCGAUCAGAUCGAUCAUAAUAAACCGGAACGAACGACCAGAGCGAGAAUAAGACUCGACGAAGGAGAGAAGCAUGAGUUAAUUGAUUUCUUGUCUCGAAAUGCUGAUGUGUUUACUUGGAGCCACUCAGACAUGCUCGGAAUAAGCCCUUCGGCAUCUUGCCACUCCCUCAACGUCAAUCCGAAUGCGAAGCCUAUAAGGCAGAGGCAGAGAAGAAUCGCUCCAAAGCGUAACCGGAUCAUAGCCGAGGAGGUUAAUAGAUUGCUUGAUGCGGGAUUCAUUAGAGAAGUAUAUUACCUAAACUGGCUUUCGAAUGUUGUAGUUGUGCGAAAGAAGAAUGGGAAGUGGCGAGUAUGCAUUGAUUUCACUAAUUUAAACAAAGCUUGUCCGAAGGAUAGUUUCCCGCUACCAAAGAUUGAUCAAAUGGUGGACGCCACUAUUGGAUACGAACGUUUAACUUUCUUGGAUGUUUAUUCUGGAUACAAUCAAAUCCCCAUGAACCCGACUGAGGAGGAGAAAACUUCUUUUGUAACCGAACGAGGGACCUAUUGCUACAAAGUUAUGCCGUUCAGAUUAAAGAAUGCUGGGGCAACUUAUCAGAGAUCUGAUCAACAAGAUUUUCAAGGAUCAGAUGGGGAAGACUGUAGAGGCUUACAUUGA